UUAACCAAAUUCGUAAAUAACGGUGAAAUUACAUAUUAAGAAGACAUAUUGGAAAAUAUUGGAAAAUUUCGGUGUUUCGUGUUCAGAAGAUUAAAUAAGUUAGUGAGCGGAGUCCGGUUGGCUUAACAUAAUGCCAGCCGAACAUUUUUUUAAGUUUAUUUUGCGCCAGAACGCGUUGCGUAGCGCGUGCUCGAUCCGGAAAACCCGCAUGGAUUAGGCGUAAAAACGGAUAAAGGAUUUACCAAGUGGAACGGAGUGUUGCUAAAAAUGCGUCUGCUUUGUCUCUGAAAGCAAAACCCUGUAUAAACCGUUUUAGAGGAUGAUGUUUAACAGGUAAAAACAGCAAAAAUCCAAGAGAACGAAGAAAAAAGAAAAAAGAUUCAAAAGCGUUUGUAAAAUGUGUGUAAACGUUCCUGAAAGAAAGCAUUUAAAAGAAGAAAAUGGAGCCGACGAUUCCUCGAUGACACCGAUGUGAUACUAUUGAAACUCUCGACGGUUUUAAACUACUUUCUGUCUACAUUGAUGAAUGAAACUGACAAAUCAUUACCUUACAGUUGGUUGGAAAAUCUUUUGAAAACCAAAAAAGUAAACAAGCACACACAUUCUCGCACACAUACACACACAUAUACACACGCAUACACACACAGACAGCUUCCCAAUGUCGUCGAAGCGCAAGUCACCCCCGAACAAGCUGUCGAACGCGGUGACGAUCGAGAAGAACAACUUCAAGAAGAUUUCGCUGAAGAAUGAGGAGUUCAUCAAGGCGUCGCCGGUGAAGGAGCUGAACUGUGCGUUCGACACCAACUUCAUCGCGAUGCAGAAGAUGAGUGCCGAUCCGAAGUUUCUCAAGCACACCGACCUGAUCAGCAGCCGGCACGACGAGCACCUGAUGCCGCUGGAGCACGACUUCCACUACAACCUGCCGUUUCUGAACGUCGCCAGCUACAUCCUGAAGGGGUCCGAUCCGGGGCUGGGGCGUGCGCAGGAUAACUUUCAGCUGACGAUGAACCUGGACAACCUGAACAUCUCGAACAACAGCCAGCAGGAGCAGGCCGCACCGACGUCACCGACCGCCAUCCCGGGGCCGAAGAUAGCGCCAGGGGCUGGGGGCGCGCCGCGCAAGAUCAACAACAUGAUCCUGAACCAUCUGAAGACGAUCGUGGAUAACUUCGACAGCCUGAACAACAACAUCAACGAUAAGAACAGCUACGGCAGCGGUGGUCCUCCAAACAACAAUAACAACAACAAUAACAACAACAACAAUAACAACACCAACACCAACAACAACAACAACUGCCAGCCAGAAGAUACGCACCCACCGUCGUCGCCCGAGGUGCCAACGAUUGCGGCUGCGGGGUCGACGCACCACCAGCUGAACAACCAGUAUGUGGAGAAGAACAACCUGGAGUCAUUCCGGUCGCGGCUGGACGAGCGCAUCACCAACCUGCAGCUCAGCAUGAGCGAGAUCUACCUGAUGCGGUUGAACCUGAGCCUGCUGGACUUCCCCAACGAGAUACCGAACACGCUGCUCAACAACCAUGCCCAGCACAGCCACACCGUGGACGACAACACGCCCAACAUGAACUGCAGCUCCUCGCAGAACAACAUCAAGCUUAUCAAAAGAAGCUUCAAGGAGUCGCUGUACGAGAAGGAGAAGAACAUCAACCGACUGAUCAUGUAUUUCACGAUAUGGCGCGAAAUGCUGCUGAAGGCGGAAUUUGGCGAGAGUCGGAAGUACAAACUGAACAAUAAUUCCAAAAGUAACCUCGACCAGCCGCCAUCUUGCCUGCAGGGCGGGAGCGCGGCGACGGCCGUCAGCGGCGGUAGCGAGGGAAGCCGCGGGCCUGCCGGAGGCGGGGGUGGAAGUAGUAGCAGCAGCAGCGCCAUGUCCCCACCGGCACCGAUCGGCCUGUCCUCCUCCUGCUCCUCGUCGACGGUGACGGCGGCUGCGCCCUCCGCGACGGUCCAGAUGUGCAGUUCGCCCGGCUUGGGUGGGGCGGCGCCCGGUACCAUCGCCUCCACCUCCGCCACCGCCACCAGCGUCGGCUCGUCCACCCAGUCGCCCACCGGGGCCACCAUCAUCGACUGUGAUAUUGCCGGCGGGGGACCGGACGGUGCGGGGCAGGCGGUGGUGGGCAACGCCGGCGAACCGGACAACUGCAUCCGCCGGUACCAGAACGUCUUUCAGUCGAUAGCCAGCAAAAUGUCGGACGGGCACGGGGGGCUGGUGGGGCACGCGGGGAUUGCCGCGCAGCUCGCGUCCGCCUUCCCCGCCACCGCCGUCCCCGGCAGCAGUAGCGGCCCGCGCCGGAACUCGCGCAAGCGCACGCAGCAGCAGCUGAUGGCGCCCGACGCGACCGAUCCGGAGCUGGCGCCGAUGCUGAUGGCGAAACAACCGAUGCUCGCCCCGCCACUGAACUGCGGCGGUUCGGGCGGCGGCAGCUCGCUCACGCUGUACGAAGAGUAUGAGCAGGCGAAGCAGGAGCAGGAAAACCAAAGAUACCACGCGAAGGAGCCGGACGUACCGAUCAACCUGAGCAAGCGGAAACCGUCGCGCGACAGCCCGUCGCUGUUGCCGCCGCUCGAGCUCCCCAAUGGAACGAAGCUGGGCGGCGGAGGUGGUGGUGGUGGCGGUGGAGGCGUUGGGUCGUUCGGGCCCGGCGGGCUGUUCGGUGCGUGCGAAGCGGACGACAUCAGCCACAGGCUGGAGCUGAUGGGCGCGGGAGGGGUUGCGCUGCUGGAUAAGGACUGCUCCGACAAGUACUUCCUGCACAAAUCGAAGCGCGACCGGUUGGAGCUCGACCCGAAUCACCUCUUCGACUAUGGCGCACAGGACCCCGGGAUGGGGGCGAAGCAUCCGAAGCUCAGCAUCUACCAUCAGUCGCCCAGCCCGCACCAUAGCAGUCCGGACGACAAGCAGGGCUUGCUGGGAGACGCAUCCAGCUAUUCGAUACCGCCGGAGUUCUUCCUCAAGACCGGUGCUGGUGGUGGUGGUGGUGGUGGUGGUGGCGGCGGUGGCAGUGGUGGAGGCUCUGGUGGAGGUACCCCGGUCCUAUCGCCUUUCAAUAGCACCUCCAUGCUGGACAACAUGAACCGGCACCUCAUUCAGCGCCAGCAGUCGCUCGCGGUUGGUGGUGGUGGCGGCAGCGGUGGUGGUGGCGGAGGCGGCGGCAGUGGGAGCAGCAAGAAGGACAAGGGCAUGGGGUCGCUGGGAGCGCUCGAGCUCGGGGCGGACAUUGGCAGCAGUCGCAGCCGGUCGUCGAGUACCGAGAAGAACCACAUCAAGCGACCGAUGAACGCGUUCAUGGUGUGGGCGAAGGACGAGCGGCGCAAGAUCCUGAAGGCCUGCCCGGACAUGCACAAUUCCAACAUCUCGAAGAUACUGGGCGCCCGCUGGAAGGCGAUGACCAACCUCGAGAAGCAGCCGUACUACGAGGAGCAGGCGAAGCUCUCCAAGCAGCACAUGGAGAAGCACCCGGACUACCGGUAUCGGCCGCGCCCGAAGCGCACCUGCAUCAUCGACGGCAAGAAGAUGCGCAUCUCGGAGUACAAGUGCUUGAUGAAGAACCGCCGGCAGGAGAUCCGGCAGUUCUGGACGCGCGACUACGACAGCGGCACCGACCAGAAGUGUUCGCUCAAGGACGGCGCGAAGGUGAUCAAGAACGAGGCCAUGUGAAACCGAACCUUCGCCGGCCCGGCACAUCAUCAGCAAUAGCGCACUUAGAGCGCACCGUGCCGACUGCUGGUCGCUUCCUGCAAGCGUUUUUCUCACCUGCUUUCCCAGACGAACCUGCUCAUAAUCGUGUAACGUGUAUUCCGACGUGUAGAUGUUAAAUGCUUCCAUGGUUCAUCAGUUGA